CUCAUCUAUGAUGAUGAUGUUAGGUUUUACUUAAUUCGUUUUCGAAUUUAUAUUUUUAUAUACUUGUAUGAUAAUAAUUCUAAUACUUAUCAAGUAUUGACGACUCGAUCGAGGCCGUCGCCUCCCGUCGUAGUAGUUAAAAUUUAAUACCUAUUUUAUAUGACAGAAAUAUUUUUUUUAAUUCACACUGAUUGAUAUUUUCGUCACUAUCGCAUAAAAAAAAGAUUAUAUCAAAAAUUAAAUAAUACCAUUAAAUAUGAGGAAAGUAGAAGUUUUUAUUAGUGUUUCUAUAAUUAUUUUGUCCCACGUAACUAUAACUUUCAAAAUUAACCAUCUCUAGUUAGCCCUUCGCUAGAUCCCUUCCGUAUGUUAUACUAUAAAACCUUAUCAGCCAGCGUCCCUAACAACAUUCUUCGAAGUAAGAAAACCAAGUCGACUUACACCACUUAAUAAUCAGCUCAUAUACAAUGUCUACAAAAGUAAUGAUUAUUGCUAUUAUUCUGGCGGCCAUUGCAGCCUGCUGGGCACAGAAAAACACUGACAAGAGGAGUGCCACUGGCUGGGAUAUUAGUAGUUUGAUACCCGGCUUAGUUCAAGUGUCUGCUGCACCAGUUAGUGCCAGCUGGCCAUCGGAUACUAGCUCGGAUGUAGCUGGUGCUAUAGCAGCGGCGAAAGCAGCAGCGUCAGCAGUGAUGGCCGCACAGCGACAAGUUGCUGCCGCCAAGCACGCUGCUCUUGAACAGCAGAGCAUGGCCAGUGCAAAAGAAGCUGAAGCUGCACAUGCUGCUCAUAAAAGCGAGGAGACAGCUCGCGCCGCUCGUGCCCAAGCUCUCGAAGCUGCACAAAGCGCUGUGCAUGCGCAGGCGCAGCUUGCAUCGGCUAAGGCAAGGGCAGCGGCUGCUCAAAAGAUCGCUGCUGCUAGAGAGGCGGCAGCCGCUCGCGCUAUACAACAAGCAGCUCAGAACCAGGCCGCGAAACUGCAAAAUGCUGAUUUAGAAGCCCUGAAGCUAUCAGUGAUCCAGAGCUCAGGAGCUGCAGGUGCUGCAGGUGCGGCACAACAUGCUGCAACAGCCGCCGCAGCUGCUCUCAAACCAGCCAGCUGGACUCCUUCCUGGAAGACCUGGACAUCAGCUGGACCUUGGGCCUGGUCUUAAAAAUAACUGAAGAAUACCGUUACUUUGUUUCGAAUUCUGCGAAAAAGUGCAAAUCUAUAACAUUAGCUAGUUGUAAUUUUUGUUUUUUUAUUUUUUGUCUGUGUAUUUUCAAAAUAAAGUUAUAAAAAUAA